AUGCUCCUCCGCGUCAUCCACCUGAACGUCCACCGCUUCGCCAACGUCGCGGCCGGCUCCUCCACCUCGGCGGCCGGCUCCUCCACCGUCGGCGCGGUGGGCGCUGCUCUCUCGGCUCUCCACCCGGAUCUUGUCACGCUGAACGAGGUGGAUGUCGCUCACAUGCCUGGGUGCCUGGAGUCCGUGUCGACCGCACUCUCGCUGCCGUUUGUCGAGUUUUUUGGCCACGUGCGCGGCACCUAUGGGAACGCCAUCCUCUCGCGCUACCCGCUGUCCCGGCGAAAGGCGGUCCAUCUCGAGGGAGGGACCGAGUUCCGAUUCCCCGCCGGCACCCGCAAGUUCAACGGCGAGAUCGCAAAGGAGAAUGAGGCGCAUCGCAUCGUGCGCGGCCUUCUGAUCACAGACGUGGAGUUGCCUUCUGGCCUUCGGCCGCUCGGUGUGGCGGUGACGCAUCUGGACCACAUGGACGUCGCCCAGCGGAGGACGCAGCUGCGGCACAUCGUGCGAGAGGCCGGCGACGGUGCCCUGCUGCUCAUGGGCGACCUGAACGCGCUGACUCGCUCCGACUACAGCGACGGCGCGUGGCGACGGCUCGAGGAGCGCGCGCGGGAGAGGAAGUGGCAGCUGCCGCAGCACGGCGACCUCUCCAUCCUGCGAGACGCGAAGUUUGAGGACGUCGCCGUCGCCUCCGGGUCGGAGGUGCAGCUGACCGCCCCCGCAAGGGAGCCGCUGUACCGGGUAGACUACGGCUGGCUGCGCGGCGGCGGCGCGCCGGGCACCGCGAAGACCGCGCCGCCGGGCGCCACCAUCACGAUGGAGGCCGCCAGGGUGCACGGCGAGGUGCUCGUCUCGGACCACCUCCCGCUCGUGGUCGACUUGCAGCUGGGGGAGGCCGCGAGCGGCGAGUGA